AUGGCUCUCCCCUCCCCGGAGACCCUGGACAGCCUGGAUCGUGUCCCCGCCAGCCACCCAGACGAGCAGCACUGGACAGUCUGUGACAACUCUGACCCCAUCCUGGAGGUGGAAGCUGAGGGCAGCAUGGAUGUGAUCCUGGUGGACAACUCUCCAGCCCCCUCAGGCAGAGACCGUAUUGAGCUCGAGGUCAAAGUGAACCAGCGGAGUAUAGAGGACUUCUGCCUGUGCUGCGGGAGCUCCCAGGUGCACAGGCAGCACCCCCUGUUCCAGGGCGGCCUGUGCGCGCCUUGCAAGGACAAGUUCCUGGAAGCACUCUUCCUGUACGAUGAGGACGGCUACCAGUCCUACUGCUCCAUUUGCGGCCUGGGGGACACCCUGCUCGUUUGCGAGAGCCCGGACUGCACCCGGGGCUAUUGUUUCGCCUGUGUGGAUGGCCUGGUGGGCGCUGGGAGCUCAGGGCACAUGCACACCGUGAGCCCCUGGGUUUGUUUCCUGUGCGUGCCGGGCUCCCGCCAUGGGCUGCUGCAGCGCCGGCGGAGGUGGCGGACCCAGCUGAAGGUCUUCCAUGAGCAGGAGGCGGCCCAGCCCCUUGAGAUAUAUGAGACGGUGCCAGCGUGCAGGAGGAAGCCAUUAAGGGUGCUGUCCCUUUUUGAGCACAUCGAGAAAGAGCUGGCAAGCCUGGGCUUCCUGGAGACCGGGUCCAGCCCGGGCCAAAUAAGGCAUCUGGACGAUGUGACGGACGUAGUGAGGAGGGACGUGGAGCAGUGGGGCCCCUUUGACCUGGUGUAUGGCUCAACCCCUCCACUCGGCCACUCCAGUCCACGGUCACCAGGCUGGUACCUGUUCCAGUUCCACCGCAUGCUGCAGUACACACAGCCCACUGCGAGCACACAGCGGCCCUUCUUCUGGAUGUUCGUGGACAAUCUGCUGCUGACCAGGGAUGACCUGGUCACGGCGACCCGCUUCUUGGAGGUAGAGCCGGCGACCCUGCAGGACGUUCGUGGCCGUGUCCUCCAGGGCGCCAUGCGUGUCUGGAGCAACAUCCCGGCCGUGAACAGCAGGCACACGGAGCUGGCUCCGGAGGCGGAGACGGCCCUGCUGGCGCAGAGCUGUCGGCGAGCAAAGGCCUCGGGCGAGGGGCUGGCCAGGCUGCUGAAGAGCUGCUUCCUCCCGCUCAGAGAAUAUUUCAAGUAUUUUCCCCAGAGCCCACUUCCUCUCCGCAAAUGAGUCAGCGCCGCAUGAGAAGACCUUUCCUAGACAAAGGA